AAAAGUAAAAUUAUUAUUUUCAAUUAUAUUUUAGGUGUAACAACGAUGCUCAACUUUUUCACCACGUCGAAUGGCUUCCGGGGAACGCUGCCCGUCGUUUCGAACUUGACUGCCAUGAACGUAUGGGACGGCGUGUGCAUGUGCUUCAUCUACGCGAGUCUUCUCGAGUUUGUCUGCGUGAAUUACGUCGGUCGCAAACGGCCGAUGCACAACGUUGUCUAUCGUCCGGGCGAGAAUCCCGUCACCCAGGUAUUUUGCUGAUUGAUAUAUUUUCGAUAAUUUUAUUCGACGCAUGAGGCGUAAAUCGCAUUUCCAUCGCAGAUACUCAGCGAUGUGAAUUCGAAUGGGACCGAAUACUGCCUUUUUCACGUAAUUAACACAAAUUCACGGAAAGAACGAUUUUGCUGAAUCCAGAUCUGAAAAUAAUUUUUGUUCAAUAAUCG